UAGGAGACCAUGGCCGUCACGAAAGCGAGGAAAGCAAUCAAGAGAUCAAGAUCAACUUCCGCCACCGCCGACGCCGACGCCGGAGCCGGAGCCAGCAGCUCCAUGUCCAUGGCGCCUCCGCCCGGUCCCGGCGGGUUGAGCGAGCUCCAGCAGCCGCCGCCUUUGCCUCCCGGCGUCUACUUCAACCCGACGAACGCGGAGAGCAUAGGGUUCCUCAACCGGUGGAUCGCCGGCGACGACAAGAUGCCCGACGCGCGGGGGUUCAUCUUCCACGCCGACAUGUACGACAACGACCCCUACGCGCUGCAGCGGCUGCACCCGCCGGCCAGCGCCCGCGCGGGCGAGCACACGUGGUGGUUCCUCGGCGAGAGCAAGUUCCAGAGCCCGUGCAGCGCGACCAAGAACAAGCGCGCCGACCGCAGCGUCCGGACCGGCGGGUUCUGGCAGGUGGAGCAGAGCAAGGAGGAGAUUCCCGAGGGCGGGCGUAAGAACAGCUUCGGGUUCUACUGCGCCCCGAAGAAGCCCAAGACGCCGUGGCUGAUGCAGGAGUUCACCAGCGACAGGGACAGGGGCGCCGGCAGGAGGGGCGUGCCCGCGCUCCACAAGCUCUACGUCACGCCGCGCGCCACCAAAGAGGGCCGGACGGAAGUCUACGGGGAGGACGGCGUGGCGGCGGGGAACAAGAAGCCUGUCCCGGCAGACUAUUUCGCCGCCGCCGCCGCGCUGAUGCCGCCGGGGAGUGUCCGUGGUCUCCAGCAAGAGCACGUUGAGCCUCUACACGCGCCGGACCUGCCGCCUUCGCCCCCGCCCCUUCUUCACUACGGCGACGACGGCCAAAGCUUCAUGAAGGGCAUAAUGUCGUCGGUGGGUCUUCUUCAUUACGACGACAGCGAGAUGCGGCAGGACUUCAUGGGGGCAGCAACGCCAGCGAACGUUCUUGGUCAGUACCAGCAGCAGCAUAUGGGGCUUCCUCCACCGGUGCCUCCACCUGCGCCGCCGGGCCUCCAUGAUGAGGAUGCGCCUGAGGAUAAUUUCAGCAUGCCAAUGGACCAAUUCAUGAAAAUACUUGACGAGCCAGCGCCAGCGGAGACGGUCAGGGGGGAAGAACCGGCGUGGGACUCUUUGCCAGACAUAGUUGAUCAUGAUGAGUUCUUGAAAUUCAACAAGGAUGCUUAGAUUGCAGCUCCACUUAGACUGAGAAAUCCAAGUUACACUUAGACAGACGGAUCGAUUGAUCUGCUAGCUAGAGACUAUUCUUUGGUUGAUUAAUUUGGUUUGAGGGAUUAAUUUGUGAGGGCUUCUGACUAUGCCAGUAGUAGUUCUCCAUGUACUGUGAGUUUGUAUUAGUUAUCAUGUGAUGUGAUGUUUUUUUGAGGGAUUAUCUUGUGAUGUGAUUGGUU